AUGCCUGACAUCAACCCAGCCGACCUGUCGCGACCAGCGGUCACCCUCUCGACUCCCACCUUCGCAUCCAAGACUAUAACCGUAUCCACGCCCUCUGCAAACGCCAAACCUUCCAAGACAAGUCAGAUAAUACCUGCACGGAUCGAUCUUGAGCCCAUAUAUUCCGCCCUCAAGGCAAAUAUCGGCACCGAACAAUGGGCAACGUAUAAGGAAGCAUUGACCCAGUUCUUCAUCGGGCGACUGAACCAAAGCGAAUUCUCGGAUAGGAUCGAUUCUAUAAUUACGUCCCCCAAUGGCGAGGUCGAACAUCUACACAAUCAGCUCCUCUCUGGGCUCUAUGCCAAUGUCACCCGCGAGAUGCCCGACCCGGGUCUGGCCCCUUGGGUCAGUGCCAACGACAAGCCAGCCCUGGGUGCAGGGAACAAGGCGACGUCUGGCGAUGCGGCGGAGAGGCGGCUGAAGGCAGAGGUCAUGCAACUGCCCAGUCGUGAUCGAAGACGAAUCAAAGACUUGCAACAGAACGAAGUCGAUCCCUACGUCUCCAUGGCCGACCUCUUCACUGAGCAUCACCAACGAGCGAAACGCCCUCGACUGGCUGAGGAAAGCGCGCCAAGUAGUGGCCUGAAUAUGAAGCAAGACAUCAGGAAGCGACACCUGAAUCCACUCUCGCUCGAAUCAGGCGAAUUCCCCGAGGUUGGCUACGUCGACUCGCGUAUGCUACCCUACUGCUACGAAGCUGGUCUGGAAUCUGCCGCCCCAGACUCUGCCCAUUUGGUAUCAGCUGCAACCGAAUCCUUCAUCAAGGAGGUCUUAACCUCGAUAUUCAGCAGGACUCGGAGCAACGGGCCUGGCGAAUCGGGCAGUGCGGGCUUCGGCACUGGCUCCGGGUGGAUACAAACAUUCAAAUAUAAGAAGCAACUUUCCAAGGAAGAAGACGCAGCACAAAGAGGCGAGAUACUGAGGGAUAAGUGCGGCUUGCUACCCAUCGAGUCGAAACAUGCCAGCGAGAGAGGGCCUCUGAACAUGGGUGAUCUGUCGCUGGCGCUUGAAGUCGCGGACUGCGGCAUGGCCCAAUUCCCGGUGCUCAUCAGAGGUCUGCAAAACAACUACCGUGACGGAGAGCUGGAGCAUCUCGACGACUACACGUACAUAGAGGGGUACGAGAAGGAGGCCAUGAGUCGCGGGGGCGGCGGCGGCGGCGAUCUGCCGAUAGCUGGUGCUGACAAGGGCAAGCAGCCACAAUUGUCAAACGGCGUGUCGCACGAUGACGAGAUGGACAUCGACACAGACUACUACUGGGCCGGUGCAGACGACGGUGCUUUGGAUGCUCUAGAUGCCGUACUGGAUUCCACCUUGGCAGUCGCAUAG